AAUGUCGUCUCCAAACUUUUACCUGCUGUGCUUCACGAUUCUAAUAGUUCUUCAUUCGGUUUUUUUGACAUCUACAAAACAAAGACUGACACUGUACCCCAACGCUUUAUCAUGGAAUGACGCAAAGACAGCAUGCGAGCAGAAAAAUAGUGCCCUACUGAAAAUUUCCUCCACCACAAAACAAUAUUUCGUUGAACAUUUUCUUCAGAAUGAGUGGAUCACUUCUGUAGUGGGAAAUGUAUGGACGGGAUUACAUGAAAUAGAUUCGUUAGACGGAUCAAAGGUGAAAUGGACUGACUGUAGCGAUGUAACAUACUACAAUUACCAUUCUGCGCCAAGCCCAGUGGUAGACGGCAAUAAAUGCUUCACUGUGAACCCUACUACAGGACAGUGGAAGGCGGAGAGAUGUGAUCUAAAAUUAAGCUUUAUCUGUGAAGAAAAUUUAGGGCUUUGUGACUUUUCCCGAAGAUACCCGAACACAGGCUGUGGAGUGACUUUGAAGCAGACAGACGAGUAUAGCUUGACGGACUGCUUAGACACAUGUCGAAAUAUUCCAAUACAACCAGGAAACGAAGAGUGCUGGGGAAUUGGGCACUUUUUGGGUUAUAGCGGAGAUGACUGUUGGAUGUUUCUAUCGGUUGACCCUGAAGCAUGCGCAUACAACACUUUUGCAUCUGGAUCCAUUGAUGUGUACAUAAAGACCUGUUUUACACAAGCUAUAAAUAACACUGUAAUUGCGGAUAAUUCAACUCUUGAAACGCCAUACUCAUCCUGUCUGAUUCAGUACACCACGACAGAGGGCAGACUAUCAUCAGAUGCCACCACCCAGAGUACAACUCCAUUAAAUACGGAGAGUUCUACCACUCCUGCCAUGAGUACCUUUCCUACUACCGUACAAAGUCGGGACACCUAUGCCACGGAGAUAACCUCCAUGGCAACCGUAAACGGAUCCAAUGCGUGUAGCUGUCCGUGUAGUACAAAUUAUUCGCUGUCAGUAGAAGAACUUCUGGCGCAAAUCAAACAAGAAUUGCACAUCGAUAAAAAGGAAACGUCGGCGUUUCAGAGGACACGAACCUGUGCAGACGACAAACGACCCAGUGCGAUGAUGAUUGGCGUCGGUGGAAUAGUAUUCAUAGUGUUAGAAAUGGGAUUUUUUAUUUUAUUAGACAUCCCGAACUUAAUCGAAAUGUUUUGCUUUUUUCAAAGGAGAGGAUGUGGACGAUGUAGGAAAGGGAAUAAAAAGUCAGUAUGAUGUGUGGUGGGUCAAUUGUGACAAUGCUGUAAGUCAAUGUGAUGUGUGGUGGGUCAAUUGUGACAAUGCUGUAAGUCAAUGUGAUGUGUGGUGGGUCAAUUGUGACAAUGCUGUAAGUCAAUGUGAUGUGUGGUGGGUCAAUUGUGACAAUCCUUUAAGUCAAUGUGAUGUGUGGUGGGUCAAUUGUGACAAUCCUUUAAGUCAAUGUGAUGUGUCAAUUGUGACAAUCCUUUAAGUCAAUGUGAUGUGUGGUGGGUCAAUUGUGACAAUGCUUUAUGAUCAUGGUUUCUUUUCCAUUUAGUCUGUUGUUGUUCUUUCCUGAUUUAUGAUUUAAUUUUAAAUUAAAGUAAAUGAUUGAUUGAGA